ACGUUGAAUUUUUGUUGGAAAGGCAUCAGAAGCAGCCUGAGCAAUAGACAAAAAUGGUUCAACAAUCCGUUUCACUCUUAUUCUGUGCCCUUUUGGCCACCAGCCUAACUUUUGAGACAUUAGCUCAUUCACUUCUGGGAGCCGGAAAUUAUGCUGCAGGUUACGGUUAUGACGGUUUAGGAUAUGAUGGUGUGGGAUAUGAUGGAUUAGAAUACGCUGCAGCUCCAAUUGCCUCUGCUCCUCUUGCUGCUGCUCCUCUUGCUGCUGCUCCUCUUGCCGCAGCUCCUCUCGCCGUAGCUCCUCUCGCCGCAGCUCCUCUUGCCGCUGCUCCUCUUGCCGCAGCUCCUUUUGCCGCAGCUCCUCUUGCCGCUGCUCCUCUUGCCGCAGCUCCUAUUGACGCAGCUCCUAUUGCCGCUGCUCCCUACGCCGCUGCCCCUCUUGCCGCUGCACCUUUUGCUGCUGCUCCUUAUGAUUUUGGAUAUGAUGGUUUAGGAUAUGAUGACUUCGGAUAUGAUGGUUUUGGCUAUGGAUACAAAGCUCCUUUCGCUGCAGCUCCCUAUGCCGCAGCUCCUCUUGCCGCUGCUCCCUAUGCCGCAGCUCCUCUAGCUGCAGCUCCCCUUGCCGCAGCUCCCUACGCCGCAACUCCCUAUGCUGCAGCUCCCUAUGCCGCAGCUCCCUAUGCCGCUGCUCCUCUUGCCGCAGCCCCAAUUGCAGCUGCUCCAAUCGCCGCAGCACCUGUUGCUCUAGCUCCUGCUCCUGCUCCAGUGGCUAUAGCAGCAGCUCCAUCUCACUACAUCGACGAGGCAAUCCACGGUGAAUCGAGUCUUUCGGGACAGACCAAUACUGCUUUGAAAAAAGUAUCAAACUAUUUGGCUUCCAGAAGAGACAAUUUUUAAAAUGAAAAAUGUGUAACGAUAAUAUAAAAUAAACUUGCUCAAUCUAUUAUAAA